AUGGAUGAAACAUUAGGAAUGAAUGUUGUAGUUGGCUGGCUUCGAGCGGAAGACCAAACUGUGCUGUCCCUUAAUGAUCGAGUAGUCCUCAGCCCCCGGUAUUCGGUAAACUUGGAUACUCCUAGCACUUGGCAGUUAAGAAUAAGACCCCUGCGUGCUGAAGACCGUGGUUGCUACAUGUGUCAAAUUAAUACACAACCUAGCAUGAAGUGGCAAAUAGGCUGCAUUGAUGUAUAUGUUCCACCCGACAUCAUUAAUGAAGAAACAUCAGCAGACGUAUCAGCCCAAGAGUUGGAUAACGUGACCCUUAUCUGCAGAGCUUCAGGGCAUCCUCCACCUAAGAUUACCUGGAGGCGAGAGGAUCACGAACCUAUGUUACUAAAGAAGAUUGGCAACAGAGAUUUUUACAAAGUUGAUAGUUACACGGGCAGUUCUUUGCACCUAUGGCGCGUAGACCGUAGACAGAUGGGUGCGUUUCUGUGUAUUGCGGCCAAUGAUGUGCCGCCUGCUGUCAGCAAACGUAUCAUACUCAACGUCAACUGCCAUACCCAGUCAGAAUCGGAUUUGAAUUCGUUACAACUUAGCGCCUCCUUUGUAAAUACAAACCGAAACAAGCGCCCGCGCCAUACCCAAUCGCCUGGAGAAGAAGACCACGAUCUCAAGCAAGAAAUAGUCGCGCUGUUGAAUGGUUGGAAAUCAGAACUUGAUAGUAAAUUCAAUGACAUGUGUGCCAGACAAAACACGCUUAUUGCUAAAAUCUCCACCGAAAUUUCAGAGCUGAAAACACAAACCUUUAAAAUUAAGGAAUCAAACGACGAAAUAGUGGCCUCAAUGUCCUUUAUUAACAAGCAGUACGAGGAAAUAAAAUCUGGUCUAGACUGCCUGCAGAAAGAAAGGCUAGAACAACGGAAGUGCUUGGAGAAUUUAGAAAGAAAAAUGCAAGACCUACAAUUAAAAUCACGAUCAUCUAGCAUUUCAAUGCUAGAUGAUCGUGAUUUUAAAUGUCCCGUAAGAAAUGUCCCUCCGAAAGAUAAAGAAAACAGUGAAGAUCUCACUAGCACUGUUAGUAACAUUGGUCAGGCUGUCGGAAUCCCGAUUUCUGCAAAGGAUUUAAGAGAUAUUUAUCGUUUACCAGUCCCUCCAACUGUAAUUGUGCCCAACCAGCUGCUGGGCGCGCCGCUGGGUACAGAUGUCGUAUUAGAAUGUACGAUAGAAGCCUACCCUAACACCAUCAACUACUGGCUCAAGAAUAGAGGGGAGAUGCUUCUAGACGGUCCAAAGUACUCCAUCAGCGAAGAGCGUAUAUCCUACAGAGCGAUGAUGAAGUUGACGAUCAGACACUUUUCCAAAAGUGACAUCGGCACCUACAACUGUGUUAGUACCAAUUCUCUUGGAAAAAGCGAGGGUACUUUGAGACUUUACGAAAUAAAGCUGUACCCCAGUUCGCAGUCGGCCGAAGUAAAUAUAGGCGGUCUCACAGAAGGAGCAGUCAAACAAAAAUCUCACAACACUUGCAGUCACGCUUUUAUAAGAACAGUUGAUUUAGUCGCAUUGUUAAUAUUAAGAGUACUAAUGUGA